CUGCACCACCUCACAGUCUGAUGAGAAUUUUGUAAAUAACUGUUCUGGGGUCAGCCAUGCGGUUUUGCACAUUGCUCUGUUAGGGCUCGGCAUAUUUUAUUUUUUAAAAAGUGCAAAUUAUCGAAAUAUAACAUUCUAUGAUAAAAGAAAAUAAAGUAGUUAGAGAAGUAGACCUUCAUGAGAAGAGGUGCUGAAUUAGUUUUCUUCAUUCACUGAGAGGGGAACAGUCGCCUGAAGAUUUCUUUUUACUAAAGCACUGAAAUACGUGCUUUCAGUGCAGGAAAUCAGAGAAAAGGGUGUAUCUGAUGCAAAACUACUGUCACUAACUAAAUAGGAAAAUAUACAAACCAAACUCUCAGUAACACUCACAGUGGGAAUAUGCACUUCUGAAAUGUAACCUUCCCCAUCAACAGAAUCAGAGACAUGUCACAAAAAUGCAGCCUGCUGGAUUUGAAGGAGGGAUCCUCUCCAGAGGCAGCUGAGAUCAGCAGGGUGUCAAUUACCUCACGGCGGGUGAUAACGAGGUGCUGCCUGCUGUGUAUUCUUGGUGCUUCCCUUCCAGAAAGGGCCUGCAUGAUCGCCAAGUGGGCCUCCACACGCUCCAACCGACUACUGAUAUGAAGAUGUAUUAAAUGAGCCGUUGUUUUCUUUGCAUUUAAAGUGUCAAAGGGACACACUGAUGAUGAGUCUGUACAGACCUAUUUACUUUUAAAUGAGGUAAUCAUUGGCUCCACAACAACAGGAGAGAUUAAAUGAAACACUCCGGGUGUUUUGUUUUGAAUUGUUGAGCAGUUCCAUGUCUGCAAAUUGUCCUCCUCCUUCUAAUUCAGGUAAUUUAUCGGUUUGUGUAGCUCUAGUUGGAUUUAUCCUCCCCUCAAAGUCAUGAUAGAUUCAUUAUAAUAGUGUUCUUUGGCUUUAUAUUUGCAAUCAAGUCCCCAUGUUUUAGUAAAGUACAUCAUGUGUUUAAAAUAGAUCACAGCAGGGAGAGAUUAGUGCUUUUGCAAUCGUUCAUCUGCAAUACAUUUGAAUGAACUGCAUUAUAUUAAUACUAGCGUGCCAAAUCAAACCGAUGGACAAGUAUCUAACUGAACAGAUGGGUUUCGAUUUCUCCUGCACCUAAUUUCCAUUUUCAAAGUAAUCAAAAAAAAUUAGAAAAGAAAAUCGCUGCCCCUACUGCAUGUCACUAAAUCAGUUGCAUCCCUAAAUAGCAGCGUCACGGCUCUUUCAUUAAAGCAGUAAUCAAUCCAUUUCGAACACUUAAUGGCUUGGUGAUUACUUAGGGUGCAAUUAUUAUGUUUUACAUGGUGAAAUCUAUCUGAGUAUAUAAAGCUUCAUUAGAGAAAUAGAGCCUGUGUUUGGCUGUCAAUCAACAGGCAGCUCUGUGAAAGACAGGAGAGUUUGCAAUACCCUGAGGCUGUUUUUUUUUCUCCCUUGUUUUCAUUUGCGACAUGGAUGCUGCAGAAGAUUGUCUUAAUUUGCUCCACUGACAGUUUAUCAUAAUGCGAAGCUGCAGCUCGGACUGAGAUGAUGCAGAGCAGGAGGCUGGACCUGCUGAAUGCUGAUCCCUGCUGCUCUGGAGGAGAGGAAAGUCUGUUUGCGAACCACCUAAUGGCCUGGGAUCAUAAAGAGGAAAAAGCUUCUCUGUUUUAAAAGAUUUUAAGAUGUUCCCGCUUUACUAGAUGCAGUCAUGUUUAUGAGUCGAGGUCAUAAAGUGGACCCAAGUCUGUUAUUUGUUAAGUGCGAGUGAGUCAGCGGAUGGUCUGAUCUUCUCCUUUACAAUUACCUGUUUAGGUUUACAGCAUUUGCAACAUGUUAUCUGUACCUCGUGUUUUUGUGAAUUUAUCCUGUUUACCUUUGAGGCCUUUUACAAGCCGAUAAUCUUAUUAGGAGUUCUCUGUAAUUUUCUUGAAACAGACAUGAAGACGUUCGCACAGCGCCAGAGGUGGUGCUAUUAGGAGGCAAGGAGAAGAUGAGAUUCAGCAAAAUGAUCAUGAAAGAAGCGUUUAGUGAAUCCGUUGGCUUGUUGAUUGUUAUUUCAUUUGCAAUACUGAACCCUCUAAACACCAAGCAGUUCUUAUCACAUUUCUACUCACUGCAGGCUCAUUUGUCGCUGCAAUAUGAAGACCCGCGCCUCUAUGGAAAGAACACAACCAUAGAGGUUAAAGAUAGAGAGAAGUCAAAUAUCACAAGUCUUUGGUGCAGCAUUGACAGCUAUGAUGCCAUAAAUAACAACUAGAUAUUUUUCAAACAAGAAAAUAGAAUCAAUACUGAGAAAAAUGGUGGUUCAACAUGAGUUCCAUAUUUUACUAGCCACAUUUUUCAACCUCUUCAAGCUUGAUAUUUUUCUGAUUCUGCACAUCAGCUGUAGGAAGAUGUUUCACCAGAAUGUAUCUUCCAACAACUUGCUGACACUUUGCUCCUGUGUGGACCGUUUCUGAGCCAUUCUGCAUUUAUUUGAUUCAUCCAAUAUGCCUGAUUUUUGUGCCGCCACUUCAACUGUAAGGUCUCUGAAUUUUUGCCACAUGAUUGAUCUGAGUCACGAAUGACUUCUCAGCUGCAUCAGGGAGAGCAUAUUCUUUAGCUGUUUUCUUUUCUUUUUUUAGCAUGUGGUGCAAGUGGGUAAUUUUUGGCAAUGUAGUUUUGAAUGAGACCAGUAGAAGGAUUUGAUAUUGAUAAAGUAUCCCAAUUUCAGGCUUAUUUUUGGCUAUUUACUAUAUAAAAACAUGAGUUUCAAACCCACUGUCAGAUGUUGGGGUUCAGAGAGUUAAAUCAGGUUGCUAUGAUAUGUGAGAACGACAGCUGAAAAACUGAAUAGGAAAUUUUGAAGCCUGUAAUUAUUGAUUGAUUUGAAGCUAUGGCAUUCACCUGAGCCGAAAAAACAAAUCUGCCUGUCAGUAUUUUGAUUCCAGGGUGCACACGAGUGGAAGGAGAGGAACAAAAAUCUGGAAGGUUCAUUAAAGUGAGGCAGUCAACAACAAGUGGUUAUUUGCUGGUUUUGUGUUCUGUUGUCCAGAGCUGCUUUAUGAAAACCGUUCCUUUAGUUCAUCACAUCUACGCAGCCAUCUGAAGCACACGUGGAUAAAUCUGAGUCGUGCAGAGAUCAGUAACAUUACACGCAAUAAUCCACUGAGUUAAACUUUAUUAAAUCACGUCAUGAUGAAAGACUCUUCAAUUACAAAAGAAUUCCAUAUAAUGACGCAUGAUACAGAAGUGCUCUUCCUGCAAUGAAGAGAUAAUAGUUUUCUAGUGCUCAAAAAUAACCAUGUGUCAUAUUCUCCUUACUAAUUUUCACUGCAUUGUUGUAAUGUUUUACUCUUUAAGCACAUGCUGUGCGAUGUGAGCACUAAAAUGUGAAAAAGCAGAAUUAGUACUGUUUGAUUGAUGGGAUGGCUUCAACUGUUUCUAUGAUUUAUGUCUGUCACCGAUGUACUUUUUAAAAAACAACACAUUUGGUCAUGUGCAUUUUCAAGAUGGUUUCCUGGAGAAAUCAUUUCUUUAUGUGGCAUUUUCACACAUGUCAACCCCUUCAGAUCCCAACCUGUAACAUCUAUAAACCGCUUAAUCCUCAACAUGUAACACUUAAUGGAAAAAUCUAUCAAAUCUAUAGAGAAUCCUGGGGAUCUAUAAAUGGCAGCUAAAGGCAUUAGAUAGUAACACUUAAAAUUAUGUUAACACAAAAAAAUGAAUAAUAGGAACACUGCACAGUCUGUCCAUGAGACAUCAAGGCGGUACUCUGAGGUGUGCAAGAUUACAGGAACGGUUUAAAUCAAAACUGCACCAGAGGAAUAAACAUCAGAGGAAGAAUCAGCCACAGAUGAGGAUGUCUGAACAGCCAAAAUUUGAUGCUCUGACAAAUAAGGACUGAAGUUAUGCUUUGCAACUUUAUAGCACGACACAAUCCACCAAUAGCAGAUCACAUGACUGAACGUUUACCACACAUGAUGAUGUUAUUUUUUUAUAUGCCUUCAUUAUAGUGCACAGUGGAUACAUGGGGAGAAGAGUAGGGGAAAGACAUGCAGUAAAUGGCAACCCAUGACUGCUGCGUCGGGAACUAUAGUCCCUGUUUAUGGGUCGCCUGCUCAACCUGUUGAGCUACAGGGGCUCCCAAUGGUUUGGUUUUUUUUUUUAAUAGCAUUACUAAUUUUAUGUAUAUUUAAAUUUAAAAGAGAAAAUCUAUAAAAUUCACAGAUUUUCUGUAUAAGUAAACCUGUACACAUUCUACUCCACCAGUUUUGGCAGGAAACAAUGCAACCACUUGAUCGCAGCAUUGUAACGAAGACAGAACCAGGGUAAAUUUACUCACCCUACCAAAGUUCAAGGCCUCGACAAAUGUGCUUUCUGGUGUUUUGGAAAUUUCAGGGCUCACUAGUCACACACAGACAUCAGAUUUCUUUAAUUUACAGCUUAUUUUGCACAUAAAGCAAGCGAUGUGUUCCAUUAAUAUCAAUACUGGUGGAUAUUUCUUGUCACAGUUAUUGACAUUAACAACAUGUCAUGUAAAAAAGUAUAAAUCUUAUGUGUAGUUUGCCAUCUGAUGAAAUCUAAAACAGUGAGACAAGAGACAGAAAGUUUAGAAAUUAGAUGUUUGAGCUCAGGAGACACCAUUUAAAUCUUUAUUUAACCAGCGAAGGGCUUCACUGAGAAUAAAUAACUUAUCUAAGAGGCUGAAAUAACAACAGCUCAUACAGCUGAACACAGUAAUCAAAGCACAUCAAAAAAAAAUUAAAUACAUUAUUUAAAGUGUGUAGUUUUGUAGAGUAUGAUGAAAAGACAGAUGUGUACAUAUAUGCAAUAAGGAAAGCAAAGAAACAAAAGAAUCACAGGAGAGCGCUUACUGAUGAUCCAAUUCCUCCUUUGUUUUCAUGUACUAAAACAGAAAUGAAUAGUCAUAAAACAUGCUGUGAAGGUUACUCGCUUCUUUUCCACCUCUGCAGGUCUCCUCUAAAUCCAUUCAAAUGUCUUGCAGCAGUACAGCACAGAAAACACAACAUCUCUGUUUUGUUUCCUUCUCACUGAAAAUUAUGUCUCCACCAUAAGUUGCUUUUUAACCCUGAUCUUCUGUUUGGAGCCUUGGAGAUCUGCCCUCUUUAACAGCCUAAAAAACUAACCUAAAACUGUGUAAUCACGUCGAUACUUUAUAAUUUUUCCCUUCUGCCUUGGGCUUACUAAUGAAAAUAGUUUUUUAAUGAUGACUUGUGUCAGUCAGACAGAAACUUAAGCUUCGCUAUUAGACUCCAGUUGAAAAAAUAUGGGUAAAUGCAGUUAAUUUUCAAACUGUGAUUGGUGUUGAUUGUAUUUUUUUACCCUCCCAGUUCCCCCCCAAAAUGUAUUUGGAUUUCUGCUGCUGGAGUUAUAUUUAUAAGAGAUAGGAACAGUUCAGCAGGAUUCCACGUGUGAUGGUCAGAUUGUUUGAAAGCACAUAUUAAGAACUAGAUCUGACACAUCAUAACCCAGCCCUUAGGCUCCAUCCACACUAAUAUGCUUCACUUUAAAAUGCAGAACAUCUUAUGCUUAACAUCCACUCUAUUCUGACAUUUUAGGUUCUCUAAAACAUAGACUUUUGUUGCUGACUCUGUUUUAGUUCUCCUCCGGGGUUGUGCUUUAGUCUGGAUGAACAGGAACAGAGACUUUUGGAAACUGUGAUGCAGAAACUCAUGUUCUCUGUCUGAUUGGGCCUCUGUGUUAUUACAUUCUUCUCCUGAGUUCUACCACACAACUGAUUUCUGCAAGGAAACAAAGACAUCAGCCUUGACUACCAGCGGUUAACUCAACACGCAUAAUGAAUUAGGUUACAGGCAUUGCUGACCUUGUUGUCUAUGCUGUUGUGCAGUUAAGGAAAUCUUACUUUCUCCAUUGCUGUACUUACUCUAGAGUAUUUUCCACAACUAAGCAACCAGUUGGCACCUGCGCGCCCAGUGUACCAGAAAAUGCCACAUGAUGUGUAUUUUCAGGCAUCUUAGUUUUCACAGAGACUAUAUCUGAAUCAUAUAGAUGUCUGCAUCUCACAUUAACUUGUUGGUCUCAGGUCUGAAUGAGCCCACUUGUCACUUUCACAUGCAGCACAGCAGCGUUACAGUCUCCAUAACGCAAUCGAAUUGAAUGUCUUCAGAUUAAUGUCGGGCUGCAGCAGUACAAGGUUAAACACUGCGCAUCGAAAGAGAGAAAUCACAUCCUGUACUGUCUUCUAACAUUACUGCAAUGGAUUUAUUGUCUCAAUCUUUAUUUCAUAUGCACAAAGAAAAUAACAUUAGUUCAAUAAAGAGAGAGACACAGUGAAAGAGCCGUUUCAAGUUGUUAAGAUUCUUCUCAGAUCACAUCACUCUACAUAAACUGUUUUUUUUCCCUCUCACACUGCAAAACUCAGCCACAGUAAUAAUCUGCCUUUCCUUCCUUUAUUUCCAUUUUUCAUUCAUACCAACUGCGUGGACGAAUCAUUGAAUCUCCAGCAAAAAAACAUCAGCGUGUGAGGAAAUAGCAAUUAAAACAGGGUCUAAACUUAAUGUUCCUUGUGCUCAUGAUGGCCAUUAAUUAAGGCUUUAAUGGCAACACAAGUUUUAAACAGCCAUCAGUGAUGCAGCCUGUGAGCUAUCAAUGUCACUCUCUUUUUUUAAAAGCCGUUAUAACAUUUAUAAAUGACUGCUUGGGCACGGAGAAUGGCUACCACUUCAAUGGGAAUUUUAUUAUUACUAUCUGCUUUAUUUUUGCCAAAAAGUGGAGUAAUUUAUCUUCCAAAGAAUUUGGUCAACAGUUUCAAGCUUGUGCGUUUUUCCUCCCACUGUGUUAAUAACAACAGCUACACUGUCUGUGACAUCUGGAUUAAUGCUAUCAGAAAGCUUAAGUAACUGGAAGAACAGGUUUUUAAUCCCAUCAGGCUAGUUUUCACUGAUCUCUGUGACCUUUCAUCACCUGAACACCACCCCGAAACAUCAGAUGAGUUCCCACCUACUUUGCCAACUGCCUCCCUGUAUUUAAGCUGUAGCAACCAGCGCCACUUACACAUUUGUUUUCUGACUAGACAGCGGUGUUGAACAAUGACUGUGAGCAAAGUCAUCAAAUACCUGCUUGCUACCUUCAACCUUUUAUUUUAUGUGGGUGUAAUCUUUAUUCUUGGCUUCUUCGCAAACAUCCGGAUCAACAAAGCAGACCACCGGAUCACUGAUGAACUUCUUCCUGCCAUAGACCUCGUCAUAUUUAUCGGUGUCGGGACGAUGAUUUUUGGCUGCCUGGACCGCUGUGCAGCCGUCCGAGAGAACCGCUGCCUGCUGGCCCUGCUCUUCCUGGGCCUGCUCACCAUGUUUGUCAUGCUGCUGGCUGUGGGAGCGUUAGGAGCCGUAUCCAGAACUGCAGCCGUACAGGAGCUGGUGAGGGAACACGUGGAGCAGUUUCUUCCACUGAGCGAGCAGCCGGAAGAGGUUCAGGAGUCGAUCAGACAGGUGGAGAGAACCAGCUUCUGUUGUGGAUUCUUUGCUGGACAUUUGGACUGGGGAAACUCAAUGGCAGUACCCGAUUCGUGUAACUGCAUCGACACCUCCAUGAACUGCACGGCUCUGGACGGACGAGAGGUUUACUCCACACCGUGUAUGAUCUACGCUAUGACGUGGUUGGACAGACUCCCACACUCACUCAUAGUGACUGCAUUUGCCUCUGGCCUGCUGUUGAUGCUGGCCAUGAUUUUCUCAGUGGCCCUGUUUUGCCAGAGUAACAACAGCAUUGUUGGAAAUAUUAAACACAAAGCCUCAAGUUGACUGUUGUUGGAAAGUUCUGACUAGGACAGAUAAUUGUCUUAGUCUUGCAUUGUUUCUGAACUUUGCCUCAUUGUAAUUUUUUUUAUGCUUUGCAUGUUUUGACUUUUUUUUUUAAAGAAAAGGUCAUGUAUUAUUUUUUUUCCUGCAAAAUAAACAGCUAAU